CUAUUGACAUGCUUUUCUGUGUUGAGAACCAAGCCAUUCAUUUCGUGCAGAAACAAGGCCAAGAUUUGCUUGGGAUAUUGGAGUCGAGUGUCUACUUGAAUAAUUUGCUGCAUAGUUCCUCGAUUUAUUUAUACGAAGCAAAGAAAUUGCAUAUCCCUACCAUCCAACUCAUCUAAUCAGUCCAAAUAAAGAAACAACAUGUCUAAGCUCAUUAAAGCACCCCAGCGUUUCACGCACGGAGAGUGGAACUAUUCCAACCAUGCCAACUACAACAGCGCUGAGAAGCAGCGAGCCAGUGCAGAGCGUUUGAUAGACGAGAGCGACAGAUUGAUCGACGAAACGGACGAAGCUACAAAGAAAACUCAGAGAGAUGUCAACAAGAAAUUUGAGCAAAGAUUGGAUGAUGUCACAUACUGGAAGGAUGAGCUGGAUAGGAAACUCAAGGACAGCAAAGACGAGAUUGAGAUGCUGCUAGCCUACAAGACCAGAUUAGAGAAUGCCCUAGAAGCCUGCAGGGAACCCCUAGCCAUUGUCAACCAAUGUUUGAAUGACAGAGAGGGUCGUAUUGGUAUUGACCUUGUCCAUGACGACGUUGAGAAAAACCUGCUCAAGGAACGAGAGGUCAUCAUGGGCGUCAUGGCGCUCCUGCAGAAGACCCUGGACCAGGUCAUAGAACAGAUCCGCAUCAUGAGGUCGCGUCGUUACAACUUGGAGAAAGACCUCACCGACAAGUUUGGCGCCCUCGACAUCGAUCAGGAUUGCCGUAACCUCCGAGAUGACAACUCCACGCUCCAGUUCAAAGGAGGAGUGGCCAAGAUUGAAACAAAUUCUGUCACACCAGAGGACUGGCAGUCCUUCUCCAACGAGAACAUCCUCAAAGCCGAGCGGGAUCGCAAGAACAGCGCUGACCUCCGGGCCGUGGUCGAUAGCCUCUUGAAAACGACAGCUGACGACAUGCAGCAGCAGGUGGACGAUACCAACCUGGCUUUCAGCAAGCGAAUCAGGGAGACUGAUAUGACCAAGGGCAAGCUGGAGACUCAUCUAGCCAAGGUUGAAGGUCAGAUGAGGGAGAUGGAAGAGAACAUCCAGAAACUUCAGAAGGGCGUCGACGACAAGAUGGGACCCAAGAAGCUCUCCGAGACCCGCCUUGAUGCCCGCACCAACCGCCCUAACGUAGAGCUGUGUCGGGAUCCUGUGCAAUACCGCCUCAUCGGCGAGGUGACAGAGAUCAACACCAGCAUCGCGCGUCUCCAGGCAACGCUCGCUCAGGCCCAGUCAGAGCUGAAGGGUCUGAUCAGGAACCAGCUUAACCUCCAAGAGGACAUUGAUAUCAAGUCGCAAUCGCUCAACGUCGACGACACGCAGUGCAUGACCCUAAGGCGAAGCAUCAACAUCAAGAGAUAUUAAACAAGGACUUUAAAGUUACACACUUAACAAAAAAGGUAGUUGUCAAAUUAUAUAGUAGCGGAUGAAACUCAAAAAGUUAUCCAAGACAUGAAUUGUUUGACCCUCAGCUGAAGCAAUGAUGUUAAAGAGACUUUAUUGAUAGAAGUUACUCUAGGCUGUGUCAAACUACAUAGUGUAGAGGGUGAAACUAACAAGUGAUAAAGAGAAAUGUACAAUAUAUGUACAUGGAUGUAAAGGUACAAUGUUGUUCCCGAGACUCAUCACAACCUAUCCACAUGAAUCCCUAUUCUGCAUUCGACUGUACCAAAGUUGCUAUACUCACACAGAGAUAUGAUGCGAAAGAAUGUAAACGGCAACUAAGAAAUUUAAUUCACACAAAUUUUGAUCAGUUUCCCUAUUUAUAUUCCCCAUUUCAAGACCUCUUCAAGCAAAACCUAGACAAAAAGGGAUAUUCAUUUUGGCAGACUUUUACCAUCAAAAAUUUGGGUGGAGGGACAUUGGGAAUAGAAUUUCACACAUUUGCACUCAUAGUUGAAUGGUCCAUAUCUGAAUGUCAUUUUUUAUCUAUUCAUAGAUGAUCAUUUACUGUGAAAUGCUAUAUUGUUACAUGUAUGCAUUAGAUAACCAGCUUGCAUAUGAGGUAUAAAAUAAAAGUGGCCAUGUGUCAUAUACUUAGUUCUGAGUAUGUGAUGCAAAGUUGAUGAUUAAAGUGACCUGUUAGGCAUUCGAAAAUCAAAUUAAAACUCAUAUUCAUAUUCUUCUGUCAGCUUUUUAAACAUUUCUAUCCGUCCAUAGAUGCAUUGGAGUAUACUCCUCUGUAUAUUCUUGAAAGCAAAAAAGUUGUAAAUAUUUUUUUUUGUAGAGAAAAAUCAUGAAAAUAUAUGAUCCUUUUAUGUCUUAGUUUCUCUCUUCAAUAUAUACAAUGUUUGUAGUAAGCACUUUACAUAUUAUAAAAGAAUAUGAAGCUAAAAGGAAAAAAUUAAUUCAAUUUAAAACACAAUGAAGUUUUUUUUGUCUCAUUUCUUGCGAGUAAAUGUACCGGUAUGUGUUUGUAUGUGAAUUUGUACAUAAAACUAAAGAUAGUAAAAAAUAAACUUAUUUGAAAUUGAACAUUUGCCAUGUCUACUUUUCUUCUGUACAAGUCAUAUUGAAAAUAAAUGCUAAUUUAUAUGUAUU